AUGGCCUCCGAACAAACUGCUAAAACUGUUGAAAGAUACUUUGAAACUCGCCUUGGUGUAAGAGAAGAUAAAGUACUGGGAGAAGCUUUAAGGUCAAGCCAGGAAGCUGGUUUACCUUCUCAAAACGUAUCCUUCUUACAUGGCAGACUCCUUCAAGUCCUUGCUCUAUCUACUUCAGCUAAACGUAUUCUGGAAGUGGGAACACUGGGUGGUUUUAGCUCUAUCCAUUUUGGUCGCGCAGUACUUGCAAAUGCCUCAGGUAAUCCUGGUUCUGCCAAAGUAAUUACUUGUGAAAGGAAUCCCAAGCAUGCAAAUGUUGCUAAAAAGAACAUCGAAAACGCCGGUCUAUCUUCAGUUGUUGAAAUUAAAGUUGGUGCUGCUUUGGAUACACUCGAUGACCUGAUUGCCAAGAAGGAGCCUGCUUUUGACUUGGUCUUUAUUGACGCUGACAAAGACAACAAUGUGAACUACUUCAAUCGUGCUAUCCAACUUUCUCGACCAGGUACAUUGAUUGUCACGGAUAAUGUAGUGUUUGGUGGACGUUUUUUGGAUGAAAAUGCUCAGAGUGAACCACACUUUAAGGGUGUCCGUGAUUUUAAUGACUUUAUCACCAAAGAUGACCGCGUUGUUGCUACUGCUUUACAAACUGUGAGCUUUGGACGCCAUGAUGGUCUUGCCUUUUGUUAUGUUAAAUAA